UAGUAAGGUAGCACGAGUUUUUAGCGCCAUCUCUUGGUACUUCUCUCACUACACCCCCAGCCAUGGAACUAUCUGCUGUCAGGAAGUGACGUUGGUUAGUUACAGGGGCAAGAUACUAAGAACGCGGGUCCCUUGGUUAUUUGGAAAACAAACACCUCUGGCGACGUCUUUACUGCACAGGCACUGUUAGAAAGAAGUGAGCAAAUCAGAACGGUAUCAUGUAUAGCCCUAAGGACUUAGAGGGUGAAGUGGACCAUUCCUUUUUUGACAGCGAUGAUGGCAAAGAACAGGAAAAAGACGUAAAAGAGGCCAACAAUAGCAAACAUCAAGAACACAAUGAGCUGAAGCAGACCACCGCUAAAGGAAAAGGAACAAGUAAACUGGGAAGAGACGGAAACAGUGAAGAAAUUAGAGAAGAGCAAGAAUAUAGAGAAUCAAGCAGUGGCUCAGUAAAAGAGGAGUGUAGUCUCUCAGCAAGCUCUUCCUCACUGUCAUCAUUGGCAAGAUCAGAGGUUAGUAGCAGUAAUCUGGAGGGAGCCUCUGGCAGCCAGAUAAAAAUCCCAGAAAAAAUCAGAUCAUGUUCAUCUGCCGAGGAGAGAGAGGAUGAUGAUGAGAGUGAGGAUGGUUACAACAGAAGUGAAGAAGACAGUGAGGAAGAGCCAGAUCAAGACCAUUCCAGGUGUAAAUCUGCUCAUCACAACAGUUCGAAAAAAGUGAGCAGCAAAUACAGAAACUAUAGCCCUGCUUUGUCAUCGGAAUCCGAGAGUUCCAGCAGUGAAUCGGAGAGUUACACGUCGCCCAGAAAAAAAUCAGUCGGGUUGUCACUCUCUUCCCCCAGACACCGAUCCAAAUUAUAUUUAAUACCAAGAAAAGAUAAAACUAGGCUGCCGGAGGAAUCUGAAGAUACAGUGACAGAUGUAACUCCAUUGUCCACUCCUGACAUCAGCCCUGUUCAGUCUUUUGAUUUAGCAAUGGCAAAAGAGAACCUGAAGAAGAAGCCAAUUAAAAAGCAGGGCAAUGUGAGCCUUGGGCUCUAUGGGGAUUCUGGAGAUUAUUACCCUGAUGAAGGUGAAAAGAGGACCGCAAAGACACAGAUGGAGAGAUGUGAUAUGUCUAGCCCCAGGUCUGGCAUCAGCUUGGCAUCGUCUGCGUCUUUGGAGUCUGGUGUUGGUAGCAGGCAUGACCAAAAGUUAUUAAGUGAUGCCAUGGAUCUUAAUCAGCUUCUAAAAGCUUGUAUGCAUCUGGAAAGCAAGACACAGACAAAUCUGGUCAUUGAUUGCCCAAGCCGGAAGUCAAGAAAAAACUUUUCAUUCAGCAACGAGGAGGUGAGGCGUGUGGAUCGAGAGAACCAGAGAUUACUGAGAGAACUUUCCAAACCAAUGAGUAAGAGUCCCAGUCCAAAGAAACCUGCCAAUCCCCCUACAAGGCUGUACCACAGUGCUCUCAACAGGCAGCGGGAACAGGAAAAAAUCGAGAGAGAAAACAUGGCUUUCCUGAAAAGACUUGAAUCAGUGAAGCCAACAUUGGGAUUGAAACGUUCUGAACAGUUAUCAGACUAUCAGCGCCAGAUGAAGUACAUGGGCUCAGUACCUUCAGGCAGAAUGAGCUCAGCAGGUGGAUCUACUAGAUCAGCCAGUGUUGCAAGCAAUUGUAGUAAAAGACCAAAAUCCAGUGUAUCCACUACUGCUGUGUCCAGUCCAAGCAGAGCUGCUGAAGCAAGAGCUGCUUGGUUGUAAUUCCCAUUCAUUAAUAUCUUUACUAUGUGGUGCAUGGUGGACAUGUUUUCCGUUAUAAAGAUAUCCGAUACUGUGCAGCUUCUGUGUAAAUGUCAGAUAAAUCAUUUUGUAAUUUUGACUCAACCGAGACAGUAAAACCAUUACAUAUUAAGCCAAACCAAUUUACUUUGUAGUGUGUUAUUUAGCAGUAAAGUUUGAAAUUUGUAAUUUAAAGUAUCCGUAAAAUCUGUAACAGGGUUAAACGGUAUCAAGGAUGUACUGCAGUUUGCAUUUUGAUUAAACAUUUUCUGUUCAUUUAAAGUAAUUGAAACAAAAGAUGUAUAUUUUAUACAGUGGUAAAAUGAUAUUGAUAUUAUGUUUGUCAAUAAAGCUACUUGUUACAUAA